AUGAAGGCCCUGACCAUGCUCUUUGGCCUCCUGGCCUCCACUGCUCUCGGCCAGUCGUGCUGGAGGGACACCACCUGCAGCACCAUCUCCGAAGCUGCGUUUCCGGGAGAAUGGGACGCCAACAACUUCGCGCCAGAAUCACGUACCGUCUCUCCCAGGUCCGUGUUGUCGGCCGCCGACGGAAGCAUCAUCGCAUCGUGGAACGGGUCAGCCCACUUGGCCACCAAUGGGUCCAAACUCGUCUUCGACUUUGGCAAGGAGGUUGGCGGCAUCGUGACGCUCAAGUACACUCCUUCAGGGGGUAGCACUGGUGCUGUUGGACUGGCCUUUACGGAAGCGAAGAAUUGGAUAGGAGAGUGGUCCGACUCUUCCAAUGGCAAGUUUGUUGGACCGGACGGAGCCCUGUACUCCAACUUCACCAGCACAGAGACGGUCACUUACACCAUGCCCGACGAGAAGCUGCGUGGAGGAUUCCGCUACCUUACGCUCUUCCUGAUCUCUGAGUCUGCGUCAGUAGACAUAUCCUCCAUCGAGCUUGAGAUCGGCUUCCAGCCCACGUGGUCCAACCUCAGGGCAUACCAGGGCUACUUCCACAGCUCGGACUCGCUCCUCAACAAGAUCUGGUACAGCGGAGCGUACACCCUCCAGACGAACGCGGUGCCGGUCAAUACUGGCCGAUGGGUGCCCUUCGUCAACACAAGCUGGGUCAACAACGGCACCCUGGGCCCAGGUGACACCAUCAUCGUCGACGGCGCAAAGCGCGACCGCGCAGUGUGGCCAGGCGACAUGGGGAUCGCAGUACCAUCUACCUUCGUCAGCGUGGGCGACCUUGACAGCGUGAGGAACGCACUACAGGUGAUGUACAAUUACCAGAACAAGGACGGCUCGUUCCCCGAGGCGGGCCCGCCGCUGCUGCAGCAGGGCAGCGACACGUACCACAUGUGGACCAUGAUCGGGACGUACAACUACGUGCUGUACACCAACGACACAGCCUUCCUCGCGCAGAACUGGGCCGGCUACCUCGCCGCCAUGGACUACAUCUACGCCAAGGUGCAGCCAGCAUCCGGCCUGCUCAACGUCACGGGCACGCGCGACUGGGCCCGCUGGCAGACGGGCUUCAACAUGUCCUCGGCCCAGAUGAUCCUCUACCGCACGCUCACCACGGGCGCGGACCUCGCCACCUGGCAAGCAGGAGGCAGCAGCAACACAACCGACCUCUCAUCCCUGUGGACCCAGCGCGCCGCGGCGCUGCAGAACGCCACGCUGGCGCACUGCUUCGACGGCAGCUACGGCGCGUUCCGGGACAACGCGACGGCCACAACCCUCCACCCGCAGGACGCCAACGCAAUGGCGGUGCUCUUCGGGGUAGUGGGCAGCGACACGGGCACGGCGCGCUCCAUCUCGACGCGCCUGACCGACAACUGGACGCCGCUGGGCGCCGAGGCGCCCGAGCUGCCGGGCAACAUCAGCCCGUUCAUAUCGUCGUUCGAGAUCCAGGCGCACCUGGCGGCGGGCGAGACGGCGCGCGCGCUCGACCUCGUGCGCACCAGCUGGGGCUGGUACCUCGGCAACGAGAACGGGUCCCAGAGCACCGUCGUCGAGGGGUACCUCGUCAACGGGACGUUUGGAUACCGCUGGAGCCGUGGGUACGGGAAUGACUUCAGCUAUGUCUCGCACGCGCACGGAUGGUCUUCUGGCCCGACCAGCGCGCUGACUGAGUUUGUGCUGGGGCUGAGCGUCACGGCGCCAGUGGGUAGUGCGUGGUUGUUCGCGCCGCAGUUUGGCGGGUUGGAGUUUGCGGAGGGCGGGUUCAUGACGAGCCUUGGUAAGUUUCAGGCUCGUUGGGACGUGGCGGAGGAGGGCGCCGGAUAUAAUGCUAGUGUCAGCACGCCUAUUGGGACGGCGGGGAGGCUCGUGUUGCCUGUUGUGGAGCAGGGGAGCAAGCCCAACGUGGCGGUGGACGGGGAGGAGGUGGAGGUGGAGUGGUUCAGGAAGACCGGUGUCGUGUUCGAUACGGUUGUUGUUGAGGGUGUGGAGGGUGGUGAGCACACUAUUGUCGUGAGCUGA